AUGAACUUCAUUGUGAAAAUCUUUCGACAGUCCAUCACCAAUGCGAAUCCUCCUGUGAACAGUGUCACUCAGGUAGCGAAGACAUUGUUACAACCAGUGUUGCCAACAUUGAACUUUGUCAAUGGAUUUAAGAUGCGUUACGCAGUGAAACGGAGGUGCCGAGACUGCUGGUUGGAGAUUAGAGACGGUAGAAUUUACAAUCUUUGCUUAACUCAUCCGAGGCACAAGCAGAUGGGACUGAAAACGCACGAUAAAAAGAAAAGGAUCCUCACGUGGGCAGGUAUGAGCAAGAGGCGUGCUUGGUAA